UGUGUGAUGGAAGUAACUGUGCGUGCCUGCAUCUGUAGCUCUUCUUACAUUGUGGAUUAGUUUGCUGUUGGGAGCAACCAAUUCCAUUUUGAGGGACAAGAAACGGAUGUGAUGGAUUUAUCUUCAGAAAUGAGUAGGCAUGGAAGGAAUCCUCUCAGUCACAAGCUAGAAGAUCAGAAGAAGAUUUAUACUGACUGGGCUAAUCACUAUCUAGCAAAAUCUGGCCACAAGCGGCUGAUCAAGGAUUUGCAACAGGACAUUGCAGAUGGAGUUCUGUUAGCAGAAAUCAUCCAGAUCAUUGCAAAUGAAAAGGUUGAAGAUAUCAAUGGCUGUCCCCGAAGCCAGUCUCAAAUGAUUGAGAAUGUUGAUGUCUGUCUUAGUUUUCUGGCAGCCAGAGGAGUAAAUGUCCAAGGUCUUUCUGCUGAAGAGAUAAGGAAUGGAAAUUUGAAAGCCAUUUUAGGGCUGUUUUUCAGUUUGUCUCGUUAUAAACAGCAGCAACACCAACAGCAACAGUACUACCAGUCUCUGGUUGAGCUACAACAACACGUCUCUCAUUCUCCCCCUCCUGCUGAUAUUGGCCAGCCCAAAACCCAGCAAGAUAUGCAGUCCAGUCUGACAGCCAGAUAUGCAACUCAGUCUAAUCACAGUGGAAUUGCAACCAGUCAAAAAAAGCCUUCUAGGCUUCCCGGGCCCUCAAGGGUGCCAGCUGCAGGCAGCAGUACCAAAGUCCAGGGAGCAUCAAAUUUAAAUCGAAGAAGUCAGAGCUUUAAUAGCAUUGACAAAAACAAGCCUCCACAAUAUGCAAAUGGAAAUGAAAAAGAAUCACCCAAAGGCCCUCACCCAUUUGCAGGCAUGAAUGGAAAUGUACAGCAUCCCACCAGCACUGGGCAGCAGCCGGUCUCUGCCAUUCCCUCUCCAAGUGCCAGCAAGCCUUGGCGCAGCAAAUCCAUGAAUGUCAAGCACAGUGCCACCUCUACCAUGCUGUCCGUCAAGCAGCCCAGCCCUGCAACCUCUCCUACUCCCCCUUCAGAUAGACUUAAGCCACCCCUCUCUGAAGGACCAAAAACACCUUCCUCUGGGCAGAAAUCCAUGUUGGAGAAAUUCAAACUGGUUAAUGCUAGGACUGUUUUGCGGCCCCCCUUGUCAUCAUCCAAUUCAGGUCCCAACGACAGUGGGAAAGACGAGGAAGCUUUUUUAGACUGCGUUGAAAUGGAUGGCUUCAGUGGGGGGCUCAACAGUGGUGGCUCCACCAGCAGCAGUCCUAAGAUAUCACCGAAACUAACCCCUCCAAAAGCUGGAAGCAAAAAUCUCAGCAAUAAAAAGUCUUUGCUACAGCCAAAGGACAAAGAAGAAAAGAGCAGGGACAAAAAUAAAGUUUGCACUGAGAAGGCGGUAAAGGAAGAAAAGGACCAGGCCACAGAGACACCUACAAAAAAGACCUCAAAAAUUGCAAGCCUGAUCCCAAAGGGAAGUAAGACUACAUCCACCAAGAAGGAAAGUUUAAUACCUUCCUCUAGUGGAAUACCAAAACCUGGAUCAAAAGUAUCAGCGUCUAAGCAAAGUCCAUCACCGGCAAGUUCAGGAAGUAAAGAGACUGAAAAACUAAGGACUGCAAAGGGAAACCAACCCCAGUCAACAGCUAAAUCUCAAGGUAAUGAUAAAGCAUACACUCCUUGUAGUCUCCCAUCUUUAGAAGGAAAGGAAUCCAGUAUGGCUCUUACCCCUACUUCAUCUACUGCUCUUUCAAUGGCUGCAACUAGUGGACAAGCAACAGGAAACAGUAUUGUUCAACUUCCUCAGCAACAGCAAUACAGCCACCCAAACAUGGCCACAGUAGCACCAUUUAUUUAUAGAACUCAUUCAGAAAAUGACAGUACCUCUCUCCAACCUGCUGACUGCUGCACCAGUCCUACAAAAAUGGAUCUGUCAUAUAGUAAGACUGCCAAACAGUGCCUAGAGGAAAUAUCUGGGGAAGAUCCUGAAACAAGAAGAAUGAGAACAGUAAAGAAUAUUGCAGACCUGAGACAGAACUUGGAAGAAACUAUGUCCAGUCUUAGAGGGACUCAGAUAAGCCACAGCACAUUGGAGACAACAUUUGACAGCACUGUGACAACUGAAGUGAAUGGGCGAAGCAUUCCAGGCUUGACAAGCCGAUCCUCUCCAGUAACCUGGAGACUUGGACAGGCUAGUCCUCGUCUCCAGGCAGGCGACGCUCCUUCCCUGGGUGGAGGUUACCCUCGCAGUGGUGCUAGUCGCUUCAUACAUACCGACCCAUCUCGAUUCAUGUACACCACACCUCUUCGCCGUGCAGCUGUUUCUCGCCUGGGGAAUAUAUCCCAGAUAGACAUGAGUGAAAAAGGAAGUAGUGAUCUGGACAUAUCCUCUGAUGUUGAUGUUGGAGGGUACAUGAGCGAUGGAGACAUUCUUGGGAAGAGCCUCCGAACCGAUGACAUUAACAGUGGUUACAUGACAGAUGGAGGGCUCAACCUGUAUACAAGAAGCUUGAAUCGAAUACCAGAUGUAGCUGCCUCCCGAGAUGUCAUUCAAAGAGGUGUUCAUGAUGUCACUGUGGACGCAGACAGCUGGGAUGACAGCAGUUCAGUUAGCAGCGGUCUCAGUGAUACCUUGGAUAAUAUAAGCACAGAUGAUCUCAACACGACUUCUUCGGUCAGCUCCUACUCUAACAUUACUGCCUCUUCAAGAAAGAAUGCACCCACUCAGCUGAAGACGGAUUCAGAGAAACGUUCAGUAACAGAUGGAGAACCGUGGGGCAGCAAUGAAGAACUGAAGAAGCCAGAGGAAGAUUUUGAUAGUAACACUGACAGCGGGAGCAAGUGGAAAAGCCAUCCCUCUGGCCUCCUUGAAGAUGCUGAGAAAGGAGGGCAGAAAACUGCUCUGUCUGUUUCUCAGACGGGUUCUUGGCGAAGAGGCAUGACCGCACAAGUAGGGGCAGCACCAUCAAGGCACAAAGCUGGAACAGGCACUAGUCUCAAGACACCUGGAAAAACAGAUGAUGCAAAAGCUUCGGAAAAAGUCAAAACUCCCCUCAAAGGAGCCUCUAUCCAGCGUUCUCCUUCAGACGCAGGGAAAAGCAGUGGCGACGAAGGGAAAAAGCCUCCCUCGGGCAUUGGCAGGUCGACAGCAACAGGUUCCUUUGGCUUCAAGAAAACGGGGGUCGGAUCUUCCACGAUCAUUACUGCAAGCGGGGCAACUAUAACAAGCGGGUCGGCAACCCUGGGAAAGAUGCCCAAGUCUGCGGCCAUCACUGGAAAGUCAAAUGCAGGGAGAAAAACCAGCCUAGACGGUUCGCAGAAUCAGGAUGACGGCGUCUUGCACGUCAGCUCCAAGACCACCCUGCAGUACCGAAGUUUGCCCCGCCCUUCCAAAUCGAGCACAAGCGGGAUUCCUGGCAGGGGCGGACACCGGUCUAGCACCAGUAGCAUCGACUCCAACGUCAGCAGCAAGUCUGCAGGCACUGCAGCCCCCAAUAAACUGAGGGAGCCCACGAAGAUCGGCUCGGGCCGCUCCAGUCCCGUGACCAUCAAUCAGACUGACAAGGAGAAGGAAAAAGUGUCUGAUUCGGAGAGUGUAUCAUUGUCCAGCUCUCCAAAAUCAAGCCCAACUUCAGCAAGUGCCUGUGGAACUCCAGGUCUCAGGCAGCCGGGUUCAAAAUACCCAGACAUUGCCUCACCCACCUUUAGAAGGUUGUUUGGUGCUAAAGCGAGCGUCAAGGCGGCCCCUGCCCCAAACACUGAAGGUGGGAAAUCCACAGCCGCCAUGCCCAGCCCUAGCACCACAUUAGCUCGGCAAGGCAGUCUGGAAUCUCCCUCUUCAGGUACCGGCAGCAUGGGCAGCGCAGGUGGGCAGAGUGGCAGUAGCAGCCCCCUCUUCAGCAAACCCUCAGACUUAAAUGCAGACGUUGUCAGUUUAAGUCACUCCUUGGCUUCUAGUCCAGCAUCAGCCCAUUCGUUCACCUCAGGUGGUCUGGUCUGGGCCGCAAACCUGAGCAGUUCCUCCGCCGGCAGUAAGGACACGCCCAGUUACCAGUCAAUGACCAGCCUCCACACGAGCUCUGAAUCCAUUGAUCUCCCUCUCAGCCAUCACGGAUCCCUGUCUGGGUUGACUACAAGCACUCAAGAGGUUCAGACCCUGCUCAUGAGGACAGGAAGCGUGAGAUCUACUCUUUCAGAAAGCAUGCAGCUUGACAGAAAUACACUACCAAAAAAGGGAUUAAGGUAUACCCCAUCCUCUCGGCAGGCCAGUCAGGAGGAAGGGAAAGAGUGGUUACGAUCCCAUUCCACUGGAGGACUCCAAGACACUGGAAACCAGUCUCCCCUGGUGUCUCCUUCAGCCAUGUCUUCAUCUGCCACUGGGAAAUACUUUUCAAACUUAGUGAGUCCAACCAAUUUAUCUCAAUUUAAACUUCCUGGGCCCACUAUGAUGAGGUCAAACAGCAUUCCUGCUCAAGAUUCUUCUUUUGAUCUCUAUGAUGAUUCCCAGCUGUGUGGUAGUGCCACAUCCUUAGAGGACAGACCGCGUGCAAUUAGUCAUUCUGGUUCCUUCAGAGAUAGCAUGGAAGAAGUACACGGGUCUUCAUUAUCACUAGUUUCCAGCACUUCUUCUCUCUACUCCACAGCUGAAGAAAAAGCACAUUCAGAGCAAAUUCAUAAACUACGAAGAGAGCUGGUUGCAUCACAGGAAAAAGUGGCCACCCUUACAUCUCAGCUGUCAGCAAAUGCACAUCUAGUAGCAGCUUUUGAAAAGAGCUUAGGAAAUAUGACAGGACGGCUGCAAAGCCUAACAAUGACAGCUGAACAAAAGGAAUCAGAGCUCAUAGAACUGCGAGAAACUAUUGAAAUGUUGAAAGCUCAGAACUCUGCUGCACAAGCUGCUAUUCAAGGAGCUUUGAAUGGCCCUGACCACACUCAUAAAGAUUUACGAAUAAGAAGGCAACAUUCUUCCGAAAGUGUUUCCAGUAUCAAUAGUGGCACUAGCCAUUCAAGCAUGGGCAGCGGUAAUGAUGCUGAGUCCAAGAAAAAGAAAAAGAAAAACUGGGUGAACUCUAGAGGAAGUGAGCUGAGAAGCUCAUUCAAACAGGCCUUUGGAAAGAAGAAGUCCACAAAGCCUCCUUCCUCACAUUCUGAUAUAGAAGAAGUCACAGAUUCAUCUCUUCCAUCCUCACCUAAGUUGCCCCACAGCUCUGGAGAUUGUGGGUCUACAUCAAUAAAGCCAUCCCAAUCAACAUCCGCGAUCUGUGAAUGCACAGAGGCAGAGGGGGAAAUAAUUCUGCAGCUGAAAAAUGAGCUCAGGGAAAAAGAGCUCAAGUUAACGGAUAUUCGUCUGGAGGCUCUCAGCUCAGCACACCAUCUUGACCAAAUCCGAGAAGCCAUGAACCGCAUGCAGAAUGAAAUUGAGAUACUGAAAGCUGAAAAUGAUCGCUUGAAGGCUGAGACUGGAAACAGUGGAAAGCCCGCCCGGCCAUGCUCAGAGUCUUCAAGCAGCACAUCUUCAUCCUCUUCUCGGCAGUCUUUGGGGCUCUCUUUGAAUAAUUUGAAUAUCACUGAUUCAGUUGCAUCAGAUAUUUUACUGGAGGAUGUUACAGAUGGUACACUCCAUAAAGAAGGCCAGAAUGUUAAAAUUAUAGUCACAAUAAACAAGGGCUAUGGUCGAUCCAAGGACCAAAAAUUGCAAGCGUAUUUGGUCGGAUCUAUUGGGGUCAGUGGCAAAACAAAAUGGGAUGUGCUAGAUGGUGUAAUCGGACGUCUUUUUAAGGAAUAUAUUUUCCGAAUAGAUCCAGCUACUAGCCUUGGUUUAGGCUCCGACUGUAUUGCUAGUUAUUGUAUAGGUGAUGUCAUUAGAUCCCAUAGCCAAGAAGUGCCUGAAUUGCUGCCUUGUGGGUAUCUGGUUGGGGAUAAUAACGUAAUCACUGUGAGCCUUAAAGGAGUAGAAGAAAACAGUUUGGACAGCUUUGUAUUUGAUACCUUAAUUCCUAAACCAAUUAGUCAACGGUACUUUAAUUUACUGAUGGAACAUCAGAGAAUUAUCCUGUCAGGACCUAGUGGUACUGGGAAGACCUAUUUAGCUAACAGACUCGCAGAAUAUGUGAUAACUAAAUCUGGCAGGAAAAAAACAGAAGGCUCUAUUGCUACUUUUAAUGUAGAUCACAAAUCCAGCAAGGACUUACAACAGUACCUUGCUAAUCUGGCUGAACAGUGCAGUGCUGAUAACAGUAGUGUGGAUCUUCCUAUAGUUAUAAUUCUUGACAACCUCCAUCAUGUUGGUUCUUUGAGUGACAUCUUCAAUGGUUUCCUUAACUGCAAAUAUAACAAAUGUCCAUAUAUUAUUGGAACCAUGAACCAGGGAAUUUCAUCUUCCCCUAACCUGGAGUUACAUCAAAAUUUCAGGUGGGUGUUGUGCGCUAAUCACACAGAACCCAUUAAAGGGUUCUUAUCCAGGUAUUUGAGAAGGAAACUGAUUGAGACAGAAAUAGAGCGGAAUGUCCGCAAUAACGACCUCAUCAGAAUUAUUGACUGGAUUCCCAAAACGUGGCAUCAUCUCAACAGCUUUUUAGAAACGCACAGUUCUUCUGAUGUAACCAUUGGUCCACGCCUUUUUUUGCCCUGCCCUAUGGAUGUGGACAGUUCCAGAGUAUGGUUUACAGAUCUCUGGAAUUAUUCCUUAGUACCAUAUAUUAUGGAAGCUGUGAGAGAAGGCCUUCAGAUGUAUGGAAAACGAGCACCUUGGGAAGAUCCCUCCAAAUGGAUUGCAGAAACCUGCCCCUGGAGCUCCCUGCAGCAUGAUUGGUCAUCCUUACUUCAGAUAAGACCUGAAGAUGUUGGAUAUGAAGGUUAUGCAUCUGCCAAAGAAGGAACCACUUCAAAGCACAUUCCACAGACCGAGUCAGAAGGAGAUCCCUUGAUGAAUAUGCUCAUGAGGCUCAAAGAAGCCGCCAGCUACUCAAGCGCGCAGAGCUGCGACAGUGAUACUGCCAGUCACCACGACGACAUUCUGGACUCCUCGCUUGAAUCCACUCUCUAGAGGGGGCUGGGCCUGGUUAGAGGAUGCUGGUAAAGGCUAUUCCCCCCAAACCGCUGCCAGUA